UUUUCGCUUGUCAGUUAAAUGUAACCCUGCCGGUACAGUAGAGCGCGAGACAGUAGGGCAACGUUGACAGUGUUGUAAUUUCAGGUGUUUCUGGUUAGUGGUUGCUCUAUCGGUCGCUCAGCCGGUCAAUUUAGGGGCUCUUCAAAUUUAUUCGUAUAAUGAGUGUGGGUUUCAUAGGAGCAGGCCAGCUGGCCCACGCUCUCGUGAGAGGCUUCUCAGCUGCAGGCGUAAUUGCCACCCACAGAAUCACAGCCAGUUCCCCAGACACUGAUCUCCCCACAGUACAGGGACUGCGGAAAUUGGGUGUAAAUUUCACAACAAGCAACAAAGAGACGGUGAGCAAGAGUGAUGUUCUCUUCCUGGCUGUGAAGCCCCACAUCAUCCCUUUUGUACUGGAUGAGAUUGGACCAGACAUUGAAGAUCGUCACCUUAUUGUGUCCUGUGCUGCAGGUGUCACUAUCAGCUCUAUAGAGAAGAAGCUGCAGCAGUAUCGAGCUAAUCCAAAGGUAAUGCGUUGCAUGACAAACACUCCAGUGGUGGUGCGUGAGGGGGCAACUGUAUACGCCACAGGCACCCAUGCACUAGUGGAGGAUGGAAGGCUUCUGGAGCAGCUGAUGGCCAGUGUAGGAUACUGCACUGAGGUGGAAGAGGACCUGAUUGAUGCCGUCACUGGCCUCAGCGGCAGUGGUCCCGCUUACGCGUUUACAGCUGUAGAUGCACUUGCUGAUGGUGGAGUGAAAAUGGGCCUGCCCAGGAGACUGGCUAUACGCCUCGGAGCCCAAGCUCUGCUGGGGGCUGCUAAAAUGCUGUUAGAUUCAGAUCAACACCCUGGCCAGCUCAAGGACAAUGUGUGUUCACCAGGGGGCGCCACCAUCCACGCCCUGCAUGUCAUGGAGAGUGGUGGCUUCCGCAGCCUCCUUAUCAAUGCUGUAGAGGCCUCCUGUGUUCGGACUAAGGAACUUCAGUUUUUGGCCGACCAAGAGAAAAUCUCCUCAGCUGCCAUAAAGAAGACAACUCUGGACCAAGUGUUGCAGCAGCCAGGAGUGACUCCAGAGGGUGUUGGAGUCAGAUCUCAUGGUAUCAGUAUGUUCAACAGCAGUAACCCCAGGACCAGGAAGAAGUGAUCAUUUUUUGUCACGCUUGUAAACGACACAUUUUAAUGUUGGUCUCAUCAGUGAAGAUGCAGUAGGCCUAUAUGCUCAGAAUAAACCACUGCUGGCAGAUGUUAUGGGGAUAAAAGAAUAACCUUGUGGAUUACUUUCUAGAUAGUAAAAACAACUACAUUUGGGGUGAUGCUGUAAAAACCGUAUGAGCCAUAUUUCUUUUUGUAAUACAAUGCCUUUGCUUUGUCCGAAGUAGACUAAAAUAAUAAUUUCAAUAUCUGUUGUUGAUACGUCUUUCUAAAUCUUAUUUCAGUCAGUCCUUUCUGGUGGUAGUUGUCAAAGUUAGGUUUACUAAAUAACAAUGUAAGUCAGUUGAGUGCAGUGAAUCAGUAAGCUGUGCUUUUCUGAAAAUGCUAUUACAAUUCAACUUGUAUUUAUGCAAUCGUACAAUACAAUUGUUAUAUUCUUCAACAAAAUGUGCUAAAUGGCAUAUUUUAUGAUUCAAUGAAACUGCAAAGUUGUUUUAAAAACAUUUUAUUAUUAAAUAUUACAAAAAAAAAUGAUUUGUAGUUU